AUGAAUCGUAACUUGUCUUUGUUUCUUUUGGUCGUCGCAGUGGUUUUGCUGGUGGCAGCCACAACGAUCGAUGCAGAGUGUCGCUGGCUCGACUGCCAUGCACAUUCGGCCGGAGACUGGUGCAACAUUCUUGGACCCGGCUGGAAGGUGAAGAAUUGGAGACGGUGUAACGGUUUGCUGGGAAAAUCUGAACACUGCUGCAAAUAA